AUGUCCAAGCCAGCGCUCCCGCAGAACGACAAUGUCGCCCAUGCCCUCGCCGGCGCCGGCGGUGGUCUCCUCUCCAUGGCCUUGACGGCUCUAACCUUCCGUGUGUCGCACAGCUACCCACUCAUCACCCUCUCGACCCGCGCCCAAGUCGAAUCGAAGCGCGCCGACUCGGCCUUCCUGACGGCCGUUCAGAAGAUUGUUGCUCGCGAGGGUGUGUCGGGACUCUACUCGGGUCUCGAGUCCGCUCUUUUCGGCAUCAGCGUCACGAACUUUGUCUACUACUACUGGUACGAGUGGACCCGCGCCUUCUUCGAGACGGCCGCCGUGAAGGCCGGUCGCGCCAGCAAGAAGCUCACGACGGUCGAGUCCAUGAUUGCCGGCGCCAUCGCCGGUUCCGCGACCGUCAUCCUUACGAACCCCAUCUGGGUCGUCAACACCCGUAUGACGACCCGCAGCAGCAGCGCCGACAAAGACGAGGAGGCGCAGGCCUCCAAGCCCAAGAAGGCGCCCUCAACCAUCGGCACCCUCAUGGCGCUGAUCAAGAACGAGGGCCCGCAGGCGCUCUUCUCGGGCGUCAUCCCCGCUCUGGUGCUCGUCAUCAACCCGAUCCUGCAAUACACCCUGUUCGAGCAGAUGAAGAACACGGUCGAGAAGAAGAGAAGGGUGACGCCGACCAUCGCCUUCCUCCUGGGCGCCCUCGGCAAGCUGUUUGCGACCUCGGUCACCUACCCGUACAUCACGGUCAAGAGCCAGAUGCACGUCGCCGGCAACGGCGAGAAGAAGGAGGGCAUGUCCCAGGCCAUCAGCCGGGUCAUCAGGGAAGAGGGCUACGCCGGCCUGUACAAGGGUAUCGGCCCCAAGGUCACCCAGAGUGUGCUGACUGCCGCCUUCCUUUUCGCCUUCAAGGACGUUCUGUACGAGCAGACUAUCAAGCUCAGAUCCGUUGCCGCCAAGAAGCGCGCGUAA